AUGUGCAGUGAUGAGGAAAUUGUAGACGAAGAACAACAUGCAACCGUUCCAGUUAUUCAACGUGAAGCUACGGCCGAAAGUUUCUUUGGUAAAGAGUGCACAGAAUGGAAAAAGGAGCAAAUCCCAAGCCGGCUGCCAUAUAUGCUGGAAAGAGCUGGCUUGGAUGUACAACAAGAAAUCCACCGCAAUCGUGAAUUUUAUAAAAAUGCUGAUGUUCGUCCACCUUUUACUUAUGCGUCGCUGAUUCGCCAAUCUAUUAUAGAAUCGCCUGAUAAACAAUUAACUUUAAACGAAAUUUAUAACUGGUUUCAAAACACAUUCUGCUACUUUCGGCGUAACGCAGCUACGUGGAAGAAUGCCAUACGUACAAAUCUGUCGCUGCAUAAAUGCUUUGUGCGCUAUGAAGAUGACUUUGGCUCCUUUUGGAUGGUAGACGACAGCGAAUUUGUAAAACGACGCCAUUUAUCACGUGGCCGUCCUCGCAAAUAUGAACCGUCUUCAUCGCCUAACUCCAAUUCGCAGAUGUCCGAUAGUGCCGCUAUCAUUGAGAAAAGCAGUACUACUAACGGUAGCCGGGCCAUUGGCGGUACUAUCGGUUCACAGCAAUUGUUAAAUAGACAACAACAAAAACAGAAACAACGCAUCUCUCAUAAUCUGAGCUGCAACCAGGCCAGCCAUCACGGUCGUGGUGUCGGUGCCAACUGCUAUAGCUUUGGCAAGAUUGGUAAUGGUACUAGUAAUGCGAACAGUGGUGACGGCGGUGACCGAGGUUGUCACAGUCAUGACUUAAGGACUGAUUUUGAUGCUGGUACGCCAGUUGUGACUGUUGCAAUCGAUAUGGUUCGAGCGAAUGAUGACAAAUCAAGCAAUAAUAAAAAUAAUAACACCAGCGACAACAAGUAA